AUGUCGAGGAGAAAGAGGUCUCAGGAAGCUGCCAGAGAGCGCGCUGCAAAGCGUAUUAAAGAGCAGGAUGCAUUAUUGGAUAAUCAUCUGUUUCAAAAUGCAAUGGAUAUUCCAGAGGAUAAUACAACUGAAUAUUAUGAAGAGAAUCCUCAAAAUCCUCAAAAUCCAAUUGAUAAGCUAUGGGAUGAUGAGGAACAGGACUACGAGAUGAAACCACGAAAACUACAAGGAUAUGAAGAAGAUGUUGUUGAAGGUCUUCCAAUAAAAAUAAAUGGUAAAGUGGAAAGAAAAAUGCUAAAGAAGAACUCCCCCAAGAAUGAAGAGGAUAAUAUGGAGUCCGAUGAAGCAUCUGAUGAUGCGACCUCUGAUAAUAGCGGUUCAGAUAUAGAUGGUGGAGAUGAACCUAAUGAGGAAGUAGACACCGAAGAAAAGAUAGUCCAGUUGAAGGAAGAAAUCGCAGAGUUGGUGGAGAAUAUUAUGGAAGAACCUGAAGAAAACGUUUCGUCAUUGUCGCGUCUUUGCAGAAUGUCGGAAUCAAGAAAUCCAAAUACUUGCAAGUUUUCGAUGUUGGCGUUAGUCCCGGUUUUCAAGAGUAUCAUACCUGGGUACAGAAUAAGGCCACUGACGGAAACAGAGAAACGAGAAAGAGUUUCUAGAGAUGUUGCAAAACUUAGAAACUUUGAACAGACACUUGUUUCAUGUUAUAAGAACUAUAUCGAGAAUUUGAAAAAGCUGUCAAAAGUCCCAAAUAGUGAGGUUAAAGUCAAAGUUUCUUUGGGUAUCCUUGCCACUCAAGCAGCUAAUGAGCUAGCAUCGAAUGGAGCACAUUUCAACUUCAGAAAGGAGGUAUUUUCAAUAUUAAUUCGCCGCGUCAGUAAGCCAAAUUUGUCCGCUGACCCUAUUGCCGCAAAGACAAUCAAAACUCUGGAGUUAUUACUAAGCGAAGACGAUGAUGGUUUGAUUUCAUUUGAUAUUGUUCAAAUUCUUUGUAAAACAGUAAAGCUGAGGAAAUAUAAUGUUGAAGAGUCCGUUCUUAACAUAUUACUUUCUCUAGAUAUUCUACAAGAUUAUGAUCCUAACACGAAGGCAGAAAAGGAGGCUUCUCAAGUUAAAUUGAAGAAGAAAGAUAGGGUACACUUAUCAAAGAAGCAGAAGAAAGCAAGAAAAGAAAUGAAACAAAUCGAGGAAGAAAUGGAAAAAGCAGAACAGGCAGUUACGGCUGAAGAAAGAGAAAAGAAUCAAGGAGAAAUUUUGAAAUUGGUCCUUUCCUUAUACUUGAAUACCCUGAAGUUUGAAAUUUCGUCACUUGUGGCCCCCGUCUUGGAGGGUCUCGUUAAGUUUGGGAACAUGGCCAAUUUCGAACUUCUGGGCGAUUUCCUAGAAGUUAUGAAAGAGCUUCUUCUAGAUGCAAAAAAGGAUGCUUUAUCACCCUCAGAAAUCAGAAAAACAGUUCUCCUUAUCGUCGGUGCUUUCUCCAUCGUAUCGAAUCAAAAUCAAAUGAAAGUUCACAUAGAUCUUUCGGUGUUUGUUGACGGCCUGUAUGCUUUGCUACCAUACAUAUCAUUGGAUGCCGACAUAGAACUCUCUCAUAAGUCUUUACGCUUGGCUGAUCCACUCAACAAUGAAAUUUUAAAGCCUUUGGUGAAUCAUUCAACUACGGCUGAACUACUUCUGAAAGCUCUUGAUCACAUAUUUUUUAGAUCAAGAUCUGGUACAAAACUGAGAGCACUUGCUUUUACAAAAAGAAUAUAUACAUGUGUUGCACAAACGCCAGAAAAAACCUCAAUCGCUCUCCUGAAAUUUUUGGAAAAACUGAUUAAUAGGUAUCCGGAAGUUGGAGCAUUAUAUUCGACUGACGAUAGGGUUGGAAAUGGAAAUUUCAACAUGGAGGCUGAUAAUGUCUUCAGAAGCAAUGCAGAAGGAGCGAUUCUAUGGGAAAACAACAUUUUGGUUCAUCAUUAUUGUCCAGUAGUAGCUCAAGGCUUACGUUCUUUAGCAAAUCGUUCUAAGGAGUUCGCGAAGUAG